AUCACAACUCCAAUUUGGCCAACAUGCCCUAGUGGCUAUACACAGUAUUUAAUAAAUAUAUAAGCAAGCAAUACAUUGGGGCAGACAACAGAAAAAUUUCUUCGAAUACGCUCUUAUUUCCGCAGUAUCGCUUGCGUAGUUUCAUAAAAUAGUCUGCUGAAGCGUUGUAUUUCCGACUCCAAGUAUAGCAUCGUGGAUUGUAAUUACGUGAGUGCAUGUUUUGUUAAUCAUGGGAUGUGAACUUUUGUUUCAAAGUCGUCUCCUGACGGAACUCCUACCGGCAAUUGUGUUACCAAACAUCGGUGGCAUAAUAGGAGCGAUAAUUACAAAGGAAGAUGUUAAAAUCUACGAGCGCCUGAGAAAGCCGUCGUGGAGUCCACCAAAAUGGUUGUUCGGACCCAUGUGGACAACUCUCUACGUUUUAAUGGGAGCCGCUUCCCUGAUUGUGUAUAAGAAAGGCAACGGCUUCACCGAGAACAGCUCUGCAUGUCUUCCCUUGAUGCUGUACGGUAGCCAACUGAUUCUCAACUGGGCUUGGUCACCACUUUUUUUCCGUGCUCGGAAACCCGGUUUGGCACUGCUGGAUAUUGGCGUACUGUGGAUUAACAUUGCGGCAUGCGUCGUCACCUUUUUCAAAGUGGACACAACAGCCGGCACCCUCCUGUUACCGUAUCUCGCGUGGGUCACCCUCGCUACUGCACUGAAUUACAAUUUGUGGAAGGACAACUCCAACAUCCAGAAACUAAAAUGAAAGUCCACACGUUUCUUUUAUUGCAAUUUUUCCAUGUUCUAAUUAUUUUAUACAGUUUACUAUUUUCCGUCCGCCGUGAAAAUUCCCUCAGUUUUAGCGAUAAAAAAAUAAACUCAUGAAAAACAGGCAAAUAUUGCAAGCCAAAAUACGGCAAGUAACAACAUCCAUUCCAACGUCCGGCCGCAAACACCGUGAUA